AUGGACGAUCCGCCUCUCGCCUCGUUGUCGCUCACCCACGUUCGCUAUACUCCUGGUGACCCCAUAUCCUACGCAUCAGCAUGGCUGGCUCUGGUACCACAGGGUCUAUGUGUAAUCUAUGUCACUCUGAUAUGGGCAUCGCGGGAAGCCGAGAUAUUUCUCAUGUUCGCCGGCCAAAUGGCGUGUGAAGUGGUGAAUUUCGGUCUGAAACGGCUGAUACGGGAAGAACGUCCCAAACAAAUGACAGGCAAGGGCUAUGGCAUGCCCUCUUCGCAUUCGCAAUUCGUGGCCUUUUUUGCCAUCUCAUUUAGUCUCUUCUUGAUCUUCCGCCACGUCCCUGAUCCUUCAGCAAGUUAUUCGCCCACCAGCUUGACCGAGCGAGUCAUUUUGUCUAUGCUCGCCUGUAUAGGCGCCGGCGCUGUUGCUGCCAGCCGCGUCUACCUGAACUACCAUACACCAAAGCAAGUCUGGGUCGGGGUUGCUGCGGGAGCAGUUUUUGCCGUCAUCUGGUUUCUAUUCACCUCCUAUUUACGGCAUUACGGGUGGCUGGACUGGGCGUUGGAGAGUUGGAUAUGUAGGAGACUGCGAGUGAGAGACUUGAUUGUCACAGAAGACAUCCAGGACGCUGGUUGGGGAAGAUGGGAGGAAAGGAGGAAAGAGAGAAAAAAUAGAAAAGCGACGGCCUCCCGUCUGAAGAAUCAAUAG